GCGGAGGAGGAGGAAGGAGCCUCCCCCGCGGCGUCAGCCCCCUGCCCACUUCCCGCCCUACGCCUCCUUCCCGAGGGCGCGGGCUGCAGCGACCCGGGCGGUUGGAGCGGCGGGGGCCUUGGCAUGUCGGGCGCGGGUCUCCAGGGCGCUCCGUCUGGCGGCUGCGGGAGCCACCGCGCAGGCAGCCGGGAUGGCUCCCCACCUGCAGCAUCCCCUCGGCGGCGGCUGGCACGGAGGCCAGGCUACAUGAGAAGCGCAGCUGGGUCCGGAACCAGGGUCCUCUCCCCAGCAGUGAGCACGCCACCCCGGGACCUGGGAGGGGUGAGCCGCGAGGAGCUCCGCCACUCGGAGCCCAGGGCUGGACAAUGCAGCCUUGACCAGAGUGGCCAGUGGCCAGGCCCCUUGGGGAGCUCUGUCCCCAAGAGCUCAAGAGCCCCUGCUGUGUCCCCUGCGGGCCACCUGGGUCCGGCCUUGACCUCUGCGGGGGGAACCCCAGUGUGCUUUGGGAUUCAGCCCAGACCUGGCCGCAGAUUCCCUGAGAGGCCAGCCCGGCUGAGUGACCCUGCGGAUGCUGGGGGCCAGCAAGAGUCUUUCUCCAUGGACGGUUCUGCAGCCCCGGGUGCUGGCCAGGACGCAAGCCUGAGUGCAGGAGCCGGGGGAGCUGGGGCCCCAGGCCGGCUGGGCGCUGUGGCGGGGAGUGGUGGCAGCCGCAGUCUGGGCCGUGGCCUUGCAGCCCCCCAAGCCUCGCCCGGCUCCCACGAGACCUUCACCUCCAGCUUUAGCUUCAUCCGUCUCUCUCUCGGCUCUGCCGGGGAGCGUGGAGAAGCAGAAGGCUGUCUGCCAUCCAGAGAGGCAGAGACCUCUCCUCAGAGCCCCCAGGAGAUAGGAGCCAGAGCCACCAACCCCGACGGGCCCCACGAGGACCCUCAGGGUCUCUCCCAGCCCUUCUGCCUCCCGGCCGCCUGGGGCGUGGCAGACUCAGCCCAGGGCGCAGGGAGGAGCUCCAGGCCAGAGUGUGGCGUGCUUCCUUCCUUGGACGUGGACGCUGGCUGCUCCUCGUCCCCGGAUCCCUCGUUGACUGGCUGUGGCGGCAAUGAGGGCAGUGGCUCAGGGGACGCCCACGGCUGGGACGCCCUGCUCCAGAGGUGGGAGCCUGUGCUGCGGGACCGCCUGCUGAGCACCCGGAGACAGCUGGAGGUAGCCUCCUUAAGAUCAAAACUUCAGAAACUUCAAGAAGCAGCGGUGGAGGAGGAAGACUAUGACAAAGCUGAGGUGCUGAAACAGAGGCUAGAAGACCUGGAGCAAGAGGCAGGCGGGCUGCAGCUGGCGCUACCCUCCAGGCAGCCGGCUCUCCGCAGCUUCCUGAGCCACCUGGCGGCACAGGCCCAGGCCGCCCUGCGGGGAGCUCCGCAGGCCAGCGGUGACGACACCCAAGCCCCACGGAGCGGAGAGCCUGCGACUCCCGGCGGCCUGCAUGUGACGGCCAUGCGGUGGGACCGGCUCCUUGGGGAGCGGCAGCAGCUGCAGAAGGAGAUGGCAGCUCUCCAAGCAAGGAUGUCCGUGCUGGCGGCCCAGGAGCAGCGGCUGAGCAGGGAACUGGAGGAGCAGGAGCGGCGGGGGCUAUGGCAGGGCUGCGGCCUCACGGGGCCCACAGGCCAGUUGCAGGCGAUCAGCAAGGCCUUGCAGGACACGCUGGCCGCAGCCAGUCAGCUGCACGCGCAGGUGGAGCCACCGGAAGCCAUAACGAGCCUCCAGGAGAGGAUAAAGUCCCUCAACCUGUCACUUAAAGAAGUCACCAAUGAGGUGUGCACAAGGGAGAGCCUCUGCAGCAGCCUGAGGAGGAGGGUCAGCCACCUCGAAACCCGACUGCCAGCCCUGCGGGAAGCCAGAGUGCUGGCCGUAUCAGGAGGCCAUUUCUGCACAGCCAAGGACCUGGCCGAGGAGAUCCGUGCCCUGGGCUGCGAGCUCGAGGGCCUGGAGGCGGCCCUGGGCAGGCUGCUGGUGCUGGGCUCGGGCAGCGUGGGCAAGCUGGGUCGGCUCCGCGAGGAUCAGGACCGGCUGCGCCGGGAGCUGGCCCGCCAGGCGGCGGCCCACGAAGCAAGUGUGAAGGAGAAGGCCGUGAAGUACGUGGAGGUGCUUGAGGAGAACCUGCGCAGCGUGAACAUUCCUGGUUGCCUUUUUUUAACCCGGCUGGGAAUUCAGACGCGGGGACCGUCGGGGCCGCGGUGGCUUGUGGAGAUGUUGCUGGCUUUCCUCGGGCCUCUGAGUUUUCCCAGAGGAGGAACCGCCUCAGCGGGGAGAGCACCUGGCCUGCCUGCCAGGCUGCUCCUGCCUCUCCUGCCACCUGGAGCCCUCCGAGGCCUUUCCCAGCUGCACACCACUGGACCUCAGUCUGUCCAGGGCUUCCUCCUCCUCGGGGUUAAGUGUCUCCUUUGGAACCUGCCGCGGCUCCGCACACCUGCGCAGGGGGCUCGCACUGUGCUCUCGGGCUGCCGGGGGCUUCCCAGCAGGGUGGCCUGUCUCGUCCAGGAGCAAGUCCUCAGGGACCAGAAGCCUAUGCGCGUGUGGAUGGUGGAAUGAAUGGACCAAUGAGCGCAGCUGGUUGUGGACACCCCAUCUCCUCUCCUCACCUCCACCGCUCUCCCUGCCCCUUCAGCCACGCUGCUGCCCCGAAGCCACCUGUCCUUGGCCUCUUGAACCACAGCCAUCAGCCUUGAAGGCCUGCACGUUCUUCCUGGGCAGGGUGGUGGCCAGUGGGGCAGGGGUGCCAGGCAGCCAGGGUGUGGACCCUCUGAGAAGCCCGUGUUAUAGGUGCCCAGAACAGGAGUGGAGACUGCCGGACGUGUGUGUGGCAGUGCCGUCCCCCAGUGGUGAUGGCUGUGCUCAGGUGCCCCGUUGACCAUCUCCCCUGAUGUCCUUGCAUUCAGUUCCUCACCAAGGAAACCAGCACCUUGAAGCACAGGGACGGUUUUCUGCACCUGCGUGGUUUGCGUCAUGGUGACCGCUCAAUGCACAUCACAAGGCCGUGACUCAGGCAGGUGGCAGAUGACGUCGGAAGUCCCGCUGCCCGUUCCUACCGACUGUGGCAUCCCGAGGCCCAGCAGGACUUUGGAAAGAAAGCCACUGAGAACUAGCUGGUCCACUGCCCUCCCACUUGGCUGUUGCAGAGGAUGCACUUGAAGAUCAGCACAGCUGGAUUCAGAUCCGGCCAGUUGCAGUCCCAAAGACAUGCAGAUGGCCACAGGGGCCUUGUCACUCUCUAGGUAUACAGAGACCUGGACCCUGGGUGCGGUCAGAGGGCUCAGUGUCCCUCUCUGUGGGAAAGUCAGUGAGCCUGAGCGUCGAGAAGCACGGAGGCCCACGGCAGCCCCACGGGACCCGAGUGGCACAGAGCAGAGACAGGCACUAAGGUGACUUCGGUUCAUGCUUAAGCAGGUUGGGCUGUGGUCACCUGCCUGAGGAGUGGCAUGCCCGUGGGUUCCCACGCCUUCCUCCACAGAGGGGAGACGCUGCUGGAGGGCUUCUGCCUAAUUUCCGCCUGUUGGCGGAGGAGCCUCCUUCCGCUCCGGCCACAUAGUCAGAGCCCAUGGUCACUCUCAAAGCGUCCCUCCUGUUCCCACAUGGCGGUGGAGCAACUCCUAAUGGCCUUUCCCCUGUGGGCCCCUGCUGCACAGCAGGGCUGACGUCGUCACCCACCGGGCUCCCGUGGGGGCUGCGCCUUCUGGCCCAGUCUCACAGUCGUCCCCACCCACAGGGCGCCCGGGGUGCCAGGCUUGCUGGACUCCCUGUUCCCUGAGUCACCCGUGCAGCGGCACUGUUGUGGAGACCCUGCCGCCCGGUGGCGCACACACCGGGACUCGGCACACGCUCCUCUGCAAGCCUGCAGCCCCUGUUGCUGUGGGUACCACACUGGCCGCUGAGAACGCGGUCUCUUGCAGGGGCUGUGUGGCUUGGCAGGCUAAGGUGCUCCAGGUGGAGUCCACGCCCUGCUAGCCUGGUGCCCGGGAGGGGGCGUGCCAUCCAGCACAUGGCAAGCCUAAAGUGAAGUGGCGUACGAAUGCACAGGUCCGUAGCAAUCACCUCUUGACACGCUGCUUAACUGUCAGAAGUUAAGUCAAAGCCAAGGCGGUUUGAGAAGAUGAAAGGCCCAAACCCGUGGCCCGGCCAUCAGAUCUCCAUGGAAAUGACGAGAGAUUAGAGUGGCAACAGGAAGUCCUGCCCUGAAGCUCCUUGGUCGCGUAUGCUGUUCCUCCAGACCCGCUGUUCAGAGGGGACCGUGAAGCUCCAUUUCCCUCGUGGCUGAACUGCUUUGGUUUCUACUUUCUCAGCUAUUAUGAGUUCUUUGCUACCCUCCUUUAUGAAAUGGUCAAAUGAAGCAUUCCACCUUGACUUUGUAGACGGGCUUUUUCUUUUCAUUGCUCAUAUCUUACAUCUCUAACUGUUGUGAAAGAGGAAUUCCUUGUUGUGCACAGCAAGCCCCAUCUCUGGCUGGUGUCCCCUGCCACGGGUUGCGCUGGUUUGGGGUGAACCUGUGGGAUCUUUCGUGAGCAGGACCGAUGGUGGCGUCCCUCCUCUUUCUACUCUCCCGUGCACUCUGCUUGGUCUUCCCUGAGGCUGAAGAUGGACCUGCUGCAAACCACAGCUGCGGUUUUGUGGACUGUGGGUUAUUUCUGCUUCCUGGCGCUCUGCUUGCGAUUCUCCGGUGUUUGAGUGUGAAUCACACUUUUAUAAUCAGAAAAGAAAACAGGAAAAUCACUAAAACCUGCUUUGAGCUCGGGGGUGAUUGGAAAACUGCAGAGGCCCGUCUUGGCUUUAGAAGGAACUUUCAAGAACUCCUGGUCUCACCUGAAAUUCACUCUGACAUUUAAAGACUGACAAGUUCCUCUAAAGGCAAUGCAGUUUUUUAAAAAAAUAACACUUAGCUUUUCUGAUAAUCUUGAAAUGUGCAUAUGGACAGGUGGACAGGUGUGGUGCUGGGUGAACUCUCCUGCUGACAGAGACCCAGAGACUGCCACAGGUGUGAGCAGGACUGGACAGGACCCUGGCCACCUCUGCCUGGGGCCCUUCUCAGCCCCUUUGUGUGGACACUCAGUUUUUUCUCCAGAUGUUGGCAAAACCAGAGAGGCAGACAGCUUCCUGAAUGAAUGGGAAGAAUCCAGCAAAAUGGUACCGACCUUCCACAUCAGCUGGGCACAGUGUCAGGAGUGGCAGAGAGAAGACUAAGGCGCGGCCAGACUUCCCGGGGAGCAGCCUCCAGCAGAGGCAGCACUGGCACGUGCAGGACACUCUGUUGUCUCUGAGACCCAGGCCUGUCCCUCCCCAGGCUCCCCGGGGCCUCCUGGUCACACUCAAGAACAAGGGUGGACGGCCACCUGCCACACUCCGGUGAAGACAGGUGUUUGGGCUGAAGAUAGGGUCACCAGAGCAGCUAUUUCCAAGGAAGUGGGAAGAAAGUUUUAGAAUAUUUAUGCUUCCAUUUCACCCAGUGAGAUUUUCGUCUUUAAGAACGUCGCAUAUGAAUCUGUGGUACGUGUCUGUCAGGUAUGAAAUGGAUAUCAGAGCUCGCGGACAUUCUCUCUUUCCAAGUGCAGAGGUCAUUUAAAAAUUCAGAGACGGUGCUGGAGAGAAUGACCAUUUUCUUAUUCCUAUGACUGAACCAGUCUCACAGUCAGCAAGUGCCCCCUCACCCAGCAGCCUGCUUUGUCCCCACAUUCACAAAAGGAAGCGGGAGCUAGUCAGUCUUUAGCAGAGGAGGGGCACCGGAAAUGGGCCCAGGAGGUGAGCGAGGCAGACUGGAGGCUGGAGGGUGGAGGCCAGGAGGGAGGCAGUUGCACCUGCGCUUGCCACUGCGGCCUCCGGGCAGGGAUUGAGGAGCGACUCAGGAGUGUGUCUGCUCGGUUGUGGCCACUGCCUGAUGCCUUCCCUCUGGGGAAGUUGAACACACCCCUGUCCUGCAGGCCAGCUUUCCCACCAGGGCCCUCUGCCCUCUCCCUCUGCAGCCUCAGAGAGGGGAAGGGGGGCAGCCCUUUCUUUCCCCUUCUGUCACCUCUGUGCGCAGGUGGGGAUGGUUUCAGCUCUGUGUCUGUCCUGGGCAGGAGGAGGGUGAGGGUGCAGAGACUGGGGCGUCCUUUCUGUCCCUGCCUGAGGCCUGGUCUCUGGACAGGAGCCCUCUACUCUGCUGAUUCUGCAGGCGAUUUCUGCCUCUCUGGCUCGGCCUGUGUCCUUGGAGGCCCUGAGGCAUCAGUUGCCUGCUGUGGCCCAGGCUCUGCCCUCACCUGGCUGCUGCUCACUGUGAGUAGCGGAACCUCCCUGUGGGUGGAGGCAGGGCCACGGCCCUUUCCCGUCUGAGCUGGAUAACUCAGUCCUACAUAAAGCUGUCCUGCGAGUACUCAUUGAGUGAACUUGGAAGCCAUUCGGCUGGAGUGUUUGAUUUUCAAAGAGAAACAAGGGUGGAAAAUGCUUUACUGAUUUUAAGUCUAAAUAGAUAAAAUGAAAAUCACUUAA